CUCCAGCCCCGGGGGAUGCUCCAGCUCCGGGGGAUUCUCUGCCCGCGGUCCCGUCCUGGCCCCUCCGGAGGUCCCCGGGCGGCGCCGCCGAGGCCGCGGCGAGUUCGGCCCGAGUUUGGUCCGGUGCCCGGGCGGGGAGGGAGCAGAGGACGGAGGGACGGACGGAGGGACGGACGGAGGGACGGACGGCGGCGCCCGGGCGGUGUCUGCGCGUCCGUCCGGCCGCACCAGGAAACCCAACACCGCCUCGGGAGGGGAGGGGGGGACAAAAGCUGCGCUGUCCCCUCCUGCGGCGCGGCUAUAAAACCUCCUGAAAACUCCCGAAACCUCCCCAAACCUCCUGAGCCCCCCGAAACCUCCCGGGGGCCUCCGCCUGCCCGCAGCCAGGGGCCCCGGGCUGUGUCCGGUGCCAUGGCCGCGGCCGAGCCCAGCGAGCCGGGCGAGCUGACCGAGCUGGAGAAAGCCAUCGAGAGCAUCGUCACCGUGUUCGUCACCUUCGCCGCCAAGGAGGGCAGGAAGGGCACGCUGACUGCCGGCGAGUUCAAGGAGCUGGUGCGGCUCCAGCUGCCCAACCUGAUGAAGGACGUGCCCUCUCUGGAGGAGAAGAUGAGCGAGCUGGACGUGAACAAUGACGAGGAGCUGAGAUUUGGGGAGUACUGGCGGCUGAUCGGGGAGCUGGCCAGGGCCAUGCGGAGGGAGAAAGCCGCCAAGAAGUGACGGGGCCGCUGCGGAACCGCAAAUAAAAGAGGUUUUUCCCCCAGCCUGAGCAUCGCUGCUGUUCUUGGGGGGCUCCCGAUUUGAGCCCCCGUCUCCUCCCCGUGGUGGCCGCGCUGGGGACGGGCCCAGCCCCGCGGUGCCGCCUUGGGGUCACUCCUUGGCUGGGACGGGGCCGUUCCCAAAGUGUCCCCGCGCUGGUCUGGCUUUUGGGGUGCCACAAACACCUUUGGGGUGCGCGGGGGGCAGAGCCGUGGCCGGGGUGAGGCUCGGGAGAUGCCGCCAGCUCCGCGCCAUCGAUGCUCAUCGUGUUGUGCGGGCUCUGGGGUGGCACAGGGCGAC